CCGUCAUGUGCGACGCCCCGGAAUGCAUUUCCGUCGGAUCAUUCUGUCGACGGCUGUAAAGAACGGCAGCUGUUGCGUCAACACAAUCUGACAAGAUGCCUGUAACAAAGUUUGAAACACCUGAGAAAUACAAGUAUCUCAAUGGAUUCGGUUCAUUCCAUGAAUCGGAAGCCAUAGAGGGGGCGCUCCCCAUCGGCGCCAACUCGCCUCAGAAGGCACCAUUUGGCCUUUAUGCAGAGAAGUUGUCUGGCACGGCUUUCACAGCGCCGAGAAAUGAGAAUCUUCAAUCAUGGCUCUACCGUGUCCUCCCCUCCGCUGCUCACUCCUCCUUUGAACCCUUCACCGAGGUCACCACCGGCAACUUUGGCGCGAAGCUGAACCACAUCCCCAACCAGCUGCGAUGGGACCCCUUCGACAUCGACAAGGAGGUCGACUGGAUUCGCGGUUUGAAGCUGGCGGCAGGUGCUGGUGAUCCGGCCAUGAAGUCCGGCCUGGGAAUAUACAUUUACGCCGCUGGCCGCGACAUGGAUGCGAACAUGGCCAUGUCCUCCUCCGACGGCGAGAUGCUGAUUGUCGGUCAGCACGGCGUCCUGGACAUCCAAACCGAGCUUGGAAAUCUUCUGGUCCGACCCAACGAGAUCGCAGUCCUCCCUCGUGGAAUCAAAUAUCGCGUGACGUUGCCGGCAGGCCCCGUCCGAGGCUAUAUCCUUGAGCUGUACCAGGGCAACUUUAUCCUGCCAGAGCUUGGCCCCAUCGGAUCCAACUGCCUCGCGAAUCCAAGAGAUUUCCAAGUUCCCCAGGCCAGAUUUGACGAGGAUACCUCCACUACGUGGUCCAUCGUCAACAAGUACAAUAACGAGCUGUUUAUCGCUAAGCAGAACCACACCCCCUUUGAUGUGGUAGGCUGGCAUGGAAAGUACUACCCCUAUAAGUACGACCUUGGUCGCUUCUCCGUCAUUGGAAGCAUUUCGUUCGACCACCCAGACCCCUCCAUCUACACAGUUUUGACUGGACCCUCCGACCACCCAGGCACGGCUAUCGCCGACUUCGUCAUCUUCCCGCCCAGGUGGCUUGUCCAAGAAGACACGUUCAGACCGCCGUGGUACCACCGCAACACCAUGUCUGAAUUCAUGGGCCUGGUUUGUGGAGAGUAUGACGCAAAGGCUGGCAAGGGAUUCCAAGCAGCCGGAGCCAGUUUGCACAACGUCAUGACGUCUCAUGGUCCCGACGCUGCCACUUUCGAGAAGGCUAGCAAUGCGGAGCUGAAACCUGUCAAGGUUGUGGAUGGAAACAUGGCGUUCAUGUUUGAGAGCUGUCUGUUUUUGGGAGUGACUGAAUGGGGACUCAAGACCUGCCAAAAGAUCCAGCCAGAGUACAACGAAGAGAGUUGGUCAGACUUGAAACCGCACUUCAAGAGGCCGGAAUAAAUUUCUCGGAUGGUAUUCGGCCCGUCGAAGAGGCAUGCUUAGGAUGGAGACCGUGUUAUCCCGGUAUUUCGUCAUCGAGAAUGUCAAAAGAAAGAAAGCAUGCUCUGCAGGUUUCCAAUUUUAGCGCUUUUGCCAAAUGUGAUGAUCUUACGAUAGUGACAAGGGUUCCCGAUGCCUACGAUUACCCACAAGUUAUACAAGGCACCCUCGUCAUCGCACGCAAUGAUUGACGUACCUGUGGUUGGCGUCAUGUUUAAACAUAUUUGAAGUUAU